AGAUGCAAAGCCUAGAUUGUUAAUAUGAGAGAUGAGUACCGUCUGCCUCGAUUUCUUCUGGGUUGCAGUGUGGUGGUUCCGUCGAAUCCGGAAAGCAGCUCAAGUGACUCGAUUUUAAACAGCUAUCUGCUAAUAGUUCUUGCAGCUCUGCCACUUGCGCUGCUAUGUGCCCUUGACCUGAGGGCAAUCGUACGUUGUGUUUUACGAUACAACACGAGAUUUCCCUUCGAGUCCUCAGAAGCUGCUACUUCACGUUUGGCAUCCAAUGGAAUGGACAAGGAUGAGUUGGAAAAGAUACCAGUGAUGGUUUACGAGCCAGGACUGAGGAUGUUUUCUGCUACAGAUUGUCCAAUAUGUCUCGGAGAAUUUGAACAAGGAGAAAAGUUGAGAAUGUUGCCAAGAUGCAAUCAUGCCUUUCAUGUCAAGUGCAUUGAUGAAUGGUUUUCAUCGCAUUCAUCGUGCCCAACUUGCAGGCAACCAUUGGUUCUACACGAUGGCGAAUCCAAAAUUUAGACGUUGUGGAGUUUGAAUUGAGCUAGAGAAUGAGUUUUUAAAUA